AUGGCUGAGGACAUGGGUGCACAGGGCACUCAGCCUCGGGGGGUCCUACCCCCCGGGCCCACGCCGCUCCCAUUGCUGGGGAACUUGCUGCAGCUGGAGUCUGGACGCCUGGACCAUGCACUCAUGGAGCUUUCUGGCCGCUGGGGCCCGGUGUUCACAGUGUGGCUGGGCCGGCGCCCUGCAGUGGUUCUGUGCGGCUACUCGGCGCUGCGGGACGCGUUAGUGCUGCAGGCGGAUGCCUUCUCCGGCCGUGGGGCCAUGCCUGUGUUUGAACGCUUCACUCGCGGAAACGGCAUCGUGUUUUCUAACGGGCAGCGCUGGCUGACGCUACGAAAUUUUGCACUGGGAGCACUUAAGGAGUUCGGGCUGGGAACGCGGACCAUAGAGGAGCGCAUCUUGGAGGAGGCGGCUUGUCCGCUUCGCGAAUUCCAAGCUACCAUUGGAGUGCCGUUUGACCCCCGGAGGCUACUAGAUAAUGCCGUAUCUAAUGUAAUCUGUUCGGUGGUCUUUGGGAACCGCUAUGGCUAUAAGGACCCCGAGUUCCUGAGGCUCCUGGACCUCUUCAAUGACAACUUUCGCAUCAUGAGUUCCAGAUGGGGUGAGAUGUACAUUUUCCCCUCCCUCCUUGACUGGCUCCCGGGUCCGCACCACCGAAUCUUUCAAAACUUCACGGAGCUUCAGGUCUUCAUCUCUGAGCAAAUCCAGCAGCACCAACAGACGCGGCAGCCUGGGGAGCCCCGCGAUUUCAUCGAUUGCUUCCUCGAUCAGAUGGAGAAGGAACAGAAAGACCCGGAGAGCCAUUUCCGCGAGGAGACGUUGGUGAUGACCACACACAAUCUUUUCUUUGGGGGCACUGAGACCACAAGCACCACUCUGCGCUUUGGGCUCCUUAUUCUGAUGAAGUACCCUGAGGUGGCGGCCAAAGUGCAGGCCGAGCUGGCCGCCGUGGUAGGUCAGACGCGCAUGCCGAGGCUGGAGGACCGCGAGCGCCUGCCCUACACCAACGCCGUGCUGCACGAGAUCCAGCGCUUCACCAGCGUGCUGCCACUAGGGACGCGCCUGCGUGGCUACUUUCUGCCUAAGGGCACCUUUGUGAUUCCUCUCCUUAUGUCUUCACACCGGGAUCCCACCCAAUUCAAGGACCCAGACUGCUUCAACCCCACCAACUUCCUGGACGACAAGGGCAAGUUCCAGAGCAAAGAUGCCUUCAUGCCCUUUGCCCCAGGCAAGCGGAUGUGCCUGGGUGCAGGCCUGGCGCGGUCCGAGCUCUUCCUCUUCCUCACCGCCAUCCUGCAGCGGUUCUGCCUGCUCCCUGCGGGGAGCCCCGGCGGCAUCGACCUCACCCCACAGUACACCGGCCUGGGCAACAUCCCUCCAGUCUUCCAGCUCCGCCUGGUGGCCCGCUGAGGCCAGGCUCAGCUGGCCUCGGCUCGCUGGCUCGCACACUUCCUUACCUGCCUUGCUCA